GUGAGCAGUGAGUCGUGAGCAGGGGAACCACCGACGACGUUGUACUAUCGAUCGAACCGUAGGAAUGCGGAGGAAAAGUGGCUCCGAAGCUCUUUUGACGGUGUCUGGAUCGCUGAGUUUGGAUUAGUUGGGCGGAGAAUCGUCUACGGUUCUCGUGGAAGCGUUGGUGAAGAUCGUAAGAGUGAAAUUUGGCCAGGAUCAGGUCGGAUAACUGGCUGGCCGAAUUUUCUUUCUUUCGGGCGAAUGAGUGAGUGUGUGUAUUCUGGAGGAGGCUGGAGCAGGAAGAACCGUAGCAAUCGAGAAUCAUUUCUGUAGAGCAGGAUUGUAGAAAAAGUGAUCAAAUUAUAACAAAUAUAAAACUAAAUCAAGUGAGAUAAAGUGAGUGCGUACCACAUCGUUGCACGACGUCGUGUGGGCUAGUAACGGAUUAACCUUUAAACAAACAUACACACACAGAGAGAGCAAAUCUCAAAAGCAUCAAGAUGGGUGCCAAAGGUAGCGUUGAGGCUGCCAAAAUGAACUCCGACAACUGGGGCCCGUUCGAGCGUGGCAGCAGCCGGCACUACAGCCACCGACACAACCAGCGGUCCCAGUCGCUGAACCGAGGCCAAGCACUAUCACGGGCCGAUGUGAGUGGGAUGUGGUGACAGCAAGGAACCUCAGGAGGACAGGCUGGAUGCCCAAGUUGCGCAAUGGGUAACAAACUAAGCUGUUCUUGUGCGCCGCUAAUACGUAAAGCAUAUCGGUAUGAAGAUUCGCCGUGGCAAGCAUCGCGUAGACGGGACGGUCAUCUCCUGAG